AUGGAAUAAGAUUCAAAAUUGAGUUAGUUCAUUUCUCCGAGAUAGAAUGCUUAACUAAUUUUAGACCAGGACGAAACACAAAAAGUGAAUGAAUCGAAAUAAAAUGUGAAUUUUAAGAGUGGAAUACAGAAAUUCAGAACUGAAGACUUUUCUUUAAGAAGAAAACUGCAAAACUAAAGUCUUUUUGGAAAACUGAAAGUAUUAUGUAAAGGGAUGCAAUAAUAUAUUUACAUAUUAUUAGAAGAUCCGAACUCUUCUUUAAUAGCUUAUUGUUUACAAUUCCUGCUACUAACUAGUAUAUUGUUGUCUUGCGUAGCAAUUAUAGUUGAUUCAUUAAUGGAAAACAAAAGUAAUCCUCAAUAUGAUGACAUUUCAUUUUAUUUAGAAUAUUAUCUGUUCAUUUUCUUUGGUUUAGAAUACUUAUUGAGGAUGUUUAGUUCAACUGCGUUUGAUUCUAAAUUAGUCAAAUUUAUUUUUUCUCCCUUGAAUUUAAUAGAUUUACUUGCAAUAAUGCCUUUUUUAUUUAAUCUCAUUUUUGAAGGGGCUAGUUUGUCUGGAUUAAGAAUAAUUAGAAUUGUAAGAUUCAUGAGAGUGUUUCGGUUAUUUAAACUUUCAAGAUUCAUGAAAGACAUGCUUAUGAUUGCAGAUACAGUAAAGCAUUCAGCCAAAGACAUAAUAAUUUUGAUUACAAUGUUCUUUUUUUUGGUUUUAUUUUUCUCAAUUGUGAUGUACUAUUUAGAAUACGAUUAUAACAAUAUAGUGGAAGAUGAAUAAGAAAUCCAUUCUAUAUCUGAAGCUAUUUGGUGGUGUAUUGCAACCAUGACUACAGUUGGAUACGGGGAUAAAUUACCUUUGAGUGUCCCUGGAAAGUUUAUUGCAUGCAUAGCGGCCUUUCUUGGAAUUACAUCUAUCUCAUUGCCUGUUGCAGUUAUGGGAAUGAAUUUAACUUAAACAUUGAAAGAACAUGAAGAAAAUAUAGAAAUUCAAAAAUUAAAGGAUCAAUUUGUAAUGGAAAGUGAUACAGAAUAUCUCAAUAACAAAAGAGAACAAACUCAAUUGAAUAUUAAGGAAUUGAAAUUUAUGGAAAGAAGAUUAGAAUAAUUAUUGGAAAAUAAUUAGAAAGUCAUGGAAUAUGUAGAAUAAUCUUAAUUAUUAUUUGAUGAAGUGACUUAAGAUCUAAUGAGUUUAUAUUCAGCCUUGACUGAAUAGUUAGAUCUCCAUAUAGAAACAAAAAUGAAGAAUUUGAAAGCUAGGCAUCGCAUAAUGAAAAUGGAAAAGAAUCUAAAUCAAAAGAAAUCCAUAGAGUUGAGUUAGAUUGUCUCUGCUUUUAAGGAAAAAUAGAAGUUAAUUUCCUAAGGCUCCAUUCUAAUGUGCGAGGAAAGUUAAGCUGAUGUAUUUAGUAUAGCAAGCAGACAAAGCAAACAAUACACUGCUAGAAAGAGUUAAAAAUUAAGAAGCAAAAAUAAUAGAGGCUCCUAUAUGUGUGUAAUUAAUAAUAGCAAUCAUAAUCCUUUCAAAACUCAAACAGAUUACAAUGACGCAGAUCCUCACCAAAAUAGUAUUAUCUAUGCUUAAGUCAGUUCAAGAAAUUCUGCCUUUAAUUAAGAUAUGUUCUAAAAUAUAGGUGGUAAUGCUGAAUUCAAAUUCAAUUUGGAGGAAUCAAGUGGGAAUAUUGAGGAAGAUGAUGAAAAUGGAGUCGAUCUAAGCAGUAAAAUGCAAAGUAUCUCAAACAUUUAAGAUUUUAAAUUGAAAAAUAGUAUUAAAUAAAAUAAUAUAUGA